CAAUGACUCAAUCGUAAAACAAUCAACAAAUUGUUUAAUUAAAUAUUAAUAUACAGCUCAAAAUUUUAUUUAUUUAUUAAAAAAAAAGAAGCAGAAUGGGUAAUUUAUGUACAUCAUGCUGUGGCAGUUCCUCGGAAGAAACUAAUUUAAUGCCCUCACCGGAAACACGCAGGAGACAACUGUUGGAAGCGGCUGAAAAAAGGCGUCAAGAAAAUGAACAAAGAGGCAUUAAAGAUCCUGAGAAGGUGAAAAGACAACAACGACUCCAAGAAGAAAGAGAAAAACGUGAAGAAGAGGCUGCACGUAUGGGUGGACAGCCCACCUUAAAGUGGCAGCAAGAUUAAACCACCAAAAUGUAUUCUUACUUUUUUCUAUAAUAUUCAAGUCUGAGAAAAAACGCAUCUAAAUAUACAUUGUUUGUCAAAUUGACCACGAAAAUAUAAUUAACAACAUUUCCUUAUGGUUAAAUGGGGUCAAUACUAUUAAAAUAUAUUUAAAAAAAAUAUGUACUAAAGACAUUUAUCUACACUUGUAUACUAAAAUUAAGUCUAUAUUAUACGUAUAUAAUGCACUUUACUUUAUUAAUUUUUAUUAACAUACAUUUUUUUGUUUUCUUUGUUGUUUAAUUUUUGAAGCCAUAAAAAUGUUACUUUCAUUGGUUUCAUAUAGAUUAAUGUUAUUUUGAAAAAAAAGCUUAAUACCAAAUUUUUUAAUUAUUUUCUGCUCUAUAUUUACAUUGUAUUCAAUACCAAAAUUUAUUACCAAAAUA